AUGGCUCCCAGGGGCCCGAUGAAGCGCUCCCACCUGCGGCAGGUGAGUGCGGCGAGCCUCGACUCGCUCUCAACCGCCCGAUCGCUUGGUACCUCCCAUCGCGAGACGAGCGAGAUGCCCGAACCGAUCGCCGACGGGGGGCCCCCGCGCCCCUUUCGCAUCUCCCUGGCGGGCUUCAACCGCAGGCCGUGUACGCUGUGGGUGCACGACGAGUCCUUCGCCCGCGACGAGGUCCUCUUCAACCCGGCCGCCUUUACCGACACCGACGUCCGCGUCGGCGAUGUCGUGGAGAUCCUGCCCAAUCGCGGGCCUGGCGAGACGGCCACCGGUGCCGCCGCCGCGCACCUCUCGCCGUCGGCGAUAAUGAAGCCUGACCAUGGCGUGCGCUCGGCGCGUGAAAGCCAUGUCGAGCGGUCUUCGACGCGGACGGGGCCCGCCGCGGCCGCCGCGGCAGCCUCCUCCAAGUUCACGACCCCGUUGCAGAACCGGUGUCUGUUUGUCGUCAAGCCGCUGCCACCGGAGAUCCUCGCCAGGCAUCCCAAACUGGAGAUCUCGGUCACCAGCAGCAUUGCCAAUAUCUUUGGCUUCAAGAACAGGACCCCCGUGCUGCUGUCCAUCGUCGAGCGCGCCCAGUGCGCCGCCUCCCAUGUGGAACUCUCCUUCCGGGACCAGUUCCUGGUCCGCUCUGACAUGUGGCGGCUCGUCAUGUCAGACCUGGUCAACAAAGUCGUGUACAAGGGUCAGAAGAUCCUGUUCAUGGGCACCAUCCGCGCCACUGUCAAGGCCAUUUUCAUCCGUGGGAAGAAGGUGCUCUCGGGCUACUUCUCGCCGCAUACCAUCCCGGUUUUCCGCAGCGAGUCGGCCAAAUACGUCCUCUUCAUCCAGAUGUCCAGGGAGAUGUGGGAUUUCGACUCCGAGGGCACGGGUGACAUCCUGUUCAGCCGCGUCAUCAAUGGCUUCCUCCCGGAGCUCUUCAAACGAUGGGUAAAUAUUGACGCCAAGCAUCUCGUUACCAUAGUCCUCUUCACGAGGGUCGAGUACGAUGCCUCGGCGGGAGCCGGUCUGUCGACCCUCAGCGUAGGGAGUAUCAAGAGCAUAUCCACCCCGAAUCAUGUCCCCACGAGGGACUUCUAUCGCGUCGUGGUCAACGAUAUGGCCAGCGGUCACUGGACAACCAUCUUGGACGAAUUAAAACGGGACUUCCGGACCUUCUUGAGAGACGUCUCGCUCCAUAAAGUCGACGACAGCGACGCCCAGACUUCCUCGGCGUCGAUUGCCGGACGGCCAAGCACCGCUCUGCGCGGCAAUAUCCUCGAGGCGAUCCAUCUUGCCUCGGCUCACCUUGCCUUUGACCAUCUCGACCGGGACAUGAUACACACCGGUACCUCCAUCAUCGUCAUCACGCCUGGCAGCGGUGUCUUUGAAGUCUCCUACGAUUCUCUCGCGUCCACCACCGAGGCUCUCACAAACCGUGGGAUCGCCAUCGAUCUAGUCUGUCUCAGCCCGAUGCCCUUGCACUCCGUUCCACUCUUCAAAUACCGGGAACCAGGCCCACCCCAGCCGCCCAAACCCUCGUUUAGUGGCAUUCAUAGUGCGGAGCUCUCGCCAGACCUUCGCCAUGCAAGUCCCAGCUUCCUCAGCCGAUCAUCCCAUCUCUCCCCAGGAUCCUAUGAUCCUUUGGCUCACCCGCUACCCCGAGAAAUGCACAGCACAAAGCCAAAGGAUUGGAGCUAUGGCAUCCCCCACUGGCUGGAUAUCUCGUUCUGGAACCCAGAGACGUACCGAGAAGCCAGGAGGCUGCAAAAAAAGGACCCCAACGCACCCAUUCCAUUCACCAUCACCAAACAGUCAAAGCUUUUCAAGCCGAGGGUGCGAAUGUACGAGAUUCAGAUGAUGGGUGUGAUGGAGAGCGAGCAGUCCAACAUCUCCAUUCCGUACCUCUCCGAAGGCCAAGGGCCGAGCCGAACGCCCGGCUCUGCGCUGAUGUUAAAUGCAACCAGCUUCAGCUCCGCCAAGUCUCCCUAUAGACACAGCUCCUCCUCUUUUAGGGCCCAGCUGAGCGAUAGUCUACGCCCGGAGCCUUUCCUUCAGAACAUGGCCAGCUCGAAAGAGAUGUUCCUUCCUGGCUCCAAGAAAUCCCAAAAGUCCAUGCUCACCUGGAUGGACCAGUAUGACGAAGCAGUCUUCCACCCGUUUCCCAAACGCCGCGCUACGAAAAAAUCUUCUAAAUCAAAACGACCGAGCGAACCGGAGGUCGUCGUCUCAGCGGUGCAUGAGCGGGUCUCUGCACGGGCGAUAUCGAAACUACGGGAACAUGAAGACCAUCUGAACGAGCGAGCGCAGGCUGCUGCUCGCGGCAGAGUGGACUUGGAAUUGUCUUUUCCGAAGAGUCCUGUAUCUACUACUGUUACUACCACUACUCCUACUACUACCACUACUACUACUGCUACUCCUACACCCCCCUCACCCAAGAAGCCCGCCCUCAAGACGACUCCGGCGCCACGCGGUUCGAGGAUCUCCCGUACCAUCAGCUUCGCUCUUCGGGGUCUCAGCGCUACUCCUCCGCGAGCGCAAGCCAGUACGGAGGUCAACGUGGAGCACGCACAGGUUCUGCCCACGAAACUCAAGUCACCGGCGCGUACCCUCUCGGACAACAGGAGCGUCGAGUCGCUCAGCCCCUCGGAUACUGCGUCGACUUCAACGGUCAUAGAGGUGUCGUCGCCCCGUCCGGGAACGCCUCAGAAGCUGGCCAAAGACACUGCCAUCACGCCAUCGCGGCCAAUAUCAAUCAAGGUUCCAGUGAAGAAGCCAUCCCAGGAUGACUCCGAGCAGUCUCACAAUUCAGUCAUCCGCGAAUCCUUCUCCACCCCGCCUGGAAUCGACGUCCCAUUCCGAGCCGACCAUCUGACGGACCAUCGACCUCGGCAACAGAGCCUCAAAUUCGACGUGCCGGUCAACGCUGGGUUCCGGGAAAGGAGCCUGGCCAGCAAGUCGCUGAGUCCGUGGGUUCGUUCCAUCGACCCCUGCAGUACCCACAAGAAGGUCUUCCGGGACGCCAGCUGGUUUGGGCGCUGGCAGCAUGCAUACCCGCGGCCGCCGCAUGUUGCACUGGUCAAAUGGAAGAGUCUGAAAUCUCCUGCAGUGCUGCCGAUCACGACCGAGGAGUUCCCGACUGCGACGGAGCUCACGUGUGACUAUCUCCAAACUCCCUACCGGGUGUUUCCGAACGAGGAUUCCGAAGGCAUCGAGGCCCCCAAGACGCGCGAUGCGCUCCUGCGCGAGAUGAUCUCUCUUCGCCUGUCCCAUGGCUUCCAGCUCGUGGUCGGGGGAAACCUGGCGGAUGUCACGGGCCAAUACACGCUGGAAACGGUGAAUGUGUUUGACGACCGCGGCCUGGACCGAGACGGGACGACUGUCUUCUUGUCCAAGGGAAACGCCAUCCACCGGCUCGUGUGUGUCGACGGAGGGGAGAUCGAAGUCACCCGCUACACGCAUCGGGCCUCGACCUCGUUGAUCGGGGAGAGGAAGAACAACUUCACGCUCUACUCGCCCGCCAUUCGCACGAUUCUCAGCCCCAAGUACGAGGUCAAGGAUAUCCGCAUGGAAUCGACGGUCGAAGAAUACAACUGGAACUACGCCGACAACUAUACCGCCGGCCAUCGGGACUACCUCAUGAAUCCCUCGCAGCAGCUUCAGUUCUGGCGCGCUCGGUACGUGUUGAUUCCGCUGCCGCUGCAUGCCAACACCCGCCGCCACCUGCAGUCGUUCAACCAGUCGCUCGGCGAGGAUAACGAGGAGGAAAUCCAUCUGUUGGGGAUCAGCCAACUGACGCAUAUGUGGCAACGAUACAAGUACGUCGCCCCGGAAGAAAAGCGGUUCGAGACCGGUUCGAACAAGAAGAGAGGCCUCAACCCGCUGGACAUCAUCUACCAGACGCGCAAUCCGUCCGAGAUAGUGGCGGCAGAGCUGGACCGGAUCCUUCUCACAGACCCGCGACUCGACAACCCGCCCGCCCAGCUGCUGCCCGAGUCGGAACUGCUGGACCGGUCCAACAUCAGCCUGUCGUCGCUCGCCCAGAUCAUGCAGGGGGAGAAGGGUGUGCGGCUGAUGGACCGCCGAUGGCACUGGCGCCUCCAUUACAACUGCUUCAUCGGAAACGAGCUCACCACCUGGCUGGUGCAGAAUUUCCGGGACAUCGAUACUCGCGAGGAGGCCGUGGAGUUUGGCAACGAGCUGUUCCGACACGGCCUGUUCGAGCACGUCGAGAAACGCCACAACUUCCGCGAUGGCAACUACUUCUACCAGAUCGCGAGCGAGUACCGGCACUUCCGCCCCGAGUCUCGUACAGGUUGGUUCCCCCCCAAACGCAGCGACAAGUCGGUUCCUUCGACACCCGCGGGGGAACGCCCUCGCGACUCGCCUGCCGCCGCGGCCCCUUCUUCCUCCAGCCAUGCUCGCUCAGACAGCACCGAGCAGCCGCACGUAACCCCGGGGUUUGGCACGCCCUCCAAAACCAAGAACAAGGUUGCCAUCACACUCUCCAAGACGAUGAAGUACGACGUCGAUCCACGCAAGCGAUCCAACCGGCCGGAGGUCGUGGAUCUGCACUACGACCGCCUGCACAACCCAGAGAACUGCUUCCACAUCGAGUUGGGCUGGAUGAACACGACUCCGAAGCUGAUCGAGGACACGGUGCUCUCGUGGGGCUCGACAGCCGAGCGCUUUGGCCUCAAGCUCGUCCAGGUGCCCAUCAGCGAGGUCUGCGCCAUCGAACGGGCCCCCCGGUUCCGCCAGCCGUUCCGUAUCCAGCUCAAGAUCCCUCCGCCCAAGGCCCCCGUGCCGACGGUGAUGAACGUCACCUCCUCCUCUUCGUCGUCGUCGGUGUCUUUACACUCUCUCCAACCCGGCUCACCGGACAACCUCUACUUCCAGAAAGCCCUGCUCCGCAAGUUUGAGUUUGUGCUCGACUUCGAAGCCGACUCGGCCUACCCGCCUGACGUGGAGGUGUCAUAUUCCUGGGGCAAGCCCGAGUAUCGGUACCCGCAGUACAUCCACCGGUCCGGCACCCUGCUCGUCCAGAUCACCGACGACGGUGACUUCCUGCUGCUGGCUAACCGGCUGCUGAGCACCCGCGGCAGCACCACCGCCAGCCGCGACGCCGCCAAGAUAGACCGCACCGAGGUACAUCGCCCGCGCGCCGCAACCUACGAUCCCCUCGCUGGCGGUCCCUCGCCACGUCUCUCGCCCGCCCUCCGGCCCGUCCCAGAACGAGGAGACGCCGCGAGCCCUUUCUCCGCCCAUGUCAGCAGCGGCGGCGAUGCCCCGAGCCUGUACCGUGCCCCGGAAUACAUCCUGCACCAGCUGCUCGACUUCUGCAGCGACGCCGCCCGUCUGGAGCAGUUCUACAGCGAGUCGCAUGUGCGCCCGGCGUCCACCAGGGUCGGCCCAGCCACAGCCUCGCUGAUGGAGGCCUCCAUCCCCUCGCUCGAGCUGCCCGCCAGCCUGGUCGGCCACCACAUCUCGCCGCCGCCGGCGCUCAGCUCACGCCUCAUCUCCCAGGACGGGACGCCGUGGGACGCGCGGGCGCGCACCCGUACCGACAGCGUCAGCCACAAGGACAGUCCGAGGAGUGGCAGCUUACGACCUUUACUCUGA